AUGACCAAGUCGGUCACCCAAGCUAUAGUCACGGCUAUGGGGGCGAUGUCUGAAACCCUGACACAAUCCAUUAGUAACGCCAUACUGGCGUCUAACAACCAUCCCAGCGGCCUCCGCCCCAUGGCCCAACCUGACAAGCCUGUGCCCUUCAGUGGCC